AACCCGCCUGAUCCAGUCAUUCCGGUUUUACUGGACGCUGCCCUUGCACACGACAUCAAACUCACCCUCCAUAUUGAGCCGUACAAGGGGAGGACCCCGCAAUCAGUGCGGGGAGACCUCCAAUACAUCCACUCCCACUACAGCCAACACCCUGCCUUCUAUAAGCUGGAGAGAUUGGAUCCUAACGAUGGGGCGAUGCUCCACCUUCCUCUCAUCUAUAUCUAUGACUCCUACCUCAGUGAGGCAAGAGAGUGGGCGUCCAUCUUCAAACGAGGGGGGCCCCUCUCUGUACGAGGGACUGACGAGGAUUGUGUUGCCAUAGCUCUGCUUGUGGAGCACGCUCACAUGAGGUCUGCAGUGGAUGGAGGAUUCGACGGAGUCUACACUUACUUUAAGGGCUUCAGUUUCGGGUCCACUUACACCAACUGGGGCACCGUGUCCGAGUUUGCUGCAGAGAAGAACUUGAUUUUCAUCCCCAGUUUCGGGCCGGGCUACGACGAUCUUCAGGUGCGCCCCUGGAACAGACUCACUACUCAGGACAGAGCGUACUACAAAGAGGGCUUUAGGAGAGCGAAGCGUAGUAGUAGAGGAGGACUGGUGUCCAUUACCUCCUUCAAUGAGUGGGGAGAGGGCACACAGAUAGAGUCUGCCGUUCCCAAAAUCUCAUUGUCCACAACUUAUCUCGACUAUUCUCCCGGGACACCGGACUUUUACCUUCAGUUGACCAGAGACAUGGCAGAGGAACUGGCAACUGAUUGUGGCAUAACAUGA